AUGGAAGAAUCUCACGAAGAAGGCCAAAAAUCUUGCAAAGCCCCGGAAAGCAACCAUGUUGAAGAUAUGGAGGCGACAAAACCAGCUGAGACCAGCACCCAUCACGAUGACGAAGGCAUGAAGGUCAUUGCGACCUAUGCUGGCGACACGGAAUGGACCGAGGAAGAGGAAAAGAGGCUCGUUCGAAAGAUUGAUCUUCGCCUCUUGACCAUUCUCACGGUGUCUUACGGCCUGCAGUUUUACGAUAAAACUAUGCUGGGCCAAGCAGCCAUUUUUGGGCUUAGAACAGACCUUGACCUGAAUGUCGGCGACCGGUACUCCUUCUCAUCUUCUAUCUUUUACAUUGGCUUCCUUGUUGGUGCUGUCCCUGCUACCUUAAUGGCUCAAAGAUUUCCCGUUGAAAGAGUCAUUUUUGGAAUCGUCUGUCUUUGGGGUGCCUGCCUCAUGAUGACUGCCGCUUGUCAGACCUGGCAGACCUUAUAUGUGCAGCGGUUCUUCCUAGGCUUGCUCGAAGCCGGCGUCUCUCCAAUGUUCAUGAUGGCAGUUGGAUCGUUCUACACUAAGGGAGAACAAGCUGUCCGCCAGGGAGUAUGGUACUCCAGUACUGGAUUUGUCUCCAUCUUCUCGCCGCUGGUCAAUUAUGGCCUCGGCCACAUCAACUCUGGUGCCCUUAAGUCCUGGCAAUAUAUGUUUCUUUUCGCUGGAGGUAUUACGGUACUCUGGUCUUUUGUGCUUCUGUUCACUUUCCCUCCUGAUCCUGUUCGCAUCAAAGGAUUCAGUGACCGAGAGCGAUUCAUUGCGAUUGCUCGGCUACGGACGAACAACGCAGGCAUACGUAAUACCCAUUUCAAAGCAGCUCAGUUUUACGAGCUUCUGUGCGACAUCAAAUUCUGGAUCCUCUUCGCGAUGGGGUUUUUGAAUCAAAUUCCCAAUGGCCCAGGCUCCACAUUCCUGCCCAUCAUCAUCUCUGGCUUCGGGUUCAGUACCUUUAACUCAUUGCUUCUCUAUAUGCCUUACGGUUUUAUUGCUGGAAUAGGCUGUUUCGGUCUCCCAUUUUUGGCAUACAAAUUUCCCAACAAGCGGUGCUUCAUUAUCAUUUCCGGUUACCUGACCACGAUUAUAGCCUCUUCGCUGCUCUGGAAGCUUCCGAGGGAUGGACAAGGGGCUCUGCUGUUUUCCUGCUAUCUCUUCCCAUUCUGGGGUGGCAGCUUUGCUGUGAUAAUGGGUUUGGCAACAGCCAACAAUGCUGGCUAUACAAAACGAUCCGUCGCCUCAUCUGGGCUAUUCAUUGGGUAUUGCCUGGGUAACGUCGUUGCACCCCUCCUUUUCAAGACGACUGAAGCACCUACCUUCGCCCACGGCUGGACCUCGGUGCUUGCAUGCAUCUGUGUCGCCGCAGGACUGACGCUUGUGUACCGUCAAAUCUGCGUUUGGGAGAACAAUAAGAGAGACAACGCAGGUAUCGCAGAGGCCUUUGAUCAUGCACUUAACGAUGACUUCACCGAUAAGUCUAACUUACAGUUCCGGUACACCUAUUAA